AUCCUUUUCUGCUCCGCCCCCGUCGCAGACUUCGCCCCUGGGGUGCAGCCGUCGAGCCCUCGCUCUGCACCUCCCCCCCCCCAAAAAAAAGGUACAGGCGGACCGCCCGACGGACUCGCCUCGCCUGGACAGGCCGCUCAUCAUGGAAUCGGCCCAUCAGCUCAACUCCGGGCUCGGGUGCCCGCGAGCCCCAGCAGGUGGACUGGUCGUCCACUGCGGCGCUGGGGCUGUGCUGCGCCCCUGCAGCGGUCUCGCUGUGCGCCGCAGGCUCGCCUGGGCCGCGGGCUCGCCCCAAAGAGAAGCACGCGCAGGGCGGCUGAUGCGCGCGGGGCGGAGGGAGGGAGGAGGGCGAGGGCAAGAAGUCCGCCGAAGGAGGCAGGAAGAGGGGGGGGGCGGCGGAGCUGCUUCUCAAGCGUGCAGGAGCGCGCCCUCCGUGGCGCGGUCGGCUUCCACGCGCGAGGGCACGGAGAGGCCGCGCGCCCGCCGGAGCGUGGCCGGCGGGCAAAAAAAAAACGGCGGAAAGAAGGCAGGCAAGUGAACAGCAAAGGUGGCCGCUUUUGCGCACCGUGCGGUCGCCUCUGCUACACGUUGGAGGUGUUUUUGCCGCCGUGAAAUGGUAUGACAUGGGGCGGAACCCGCCCAACCACCGGUUAACUCGCACGUCGGGGCAUCGCAGGUCUGGGGCCCACUCGGCCCCACGCAGACGAGGUGUCGAGGUGACGCGGGGCGCCGUGAGCUUCUUGCCGCCAUCUCUGGCUCCAACAGUAAGAGGGGGAUACAGAGAGGGAGGGAGAGAGAGUGAGAGAGAGAUAACAAAAAGGGAGAAAGAGAGAAAGAGAGAGAGAGAGGGAGAGCGAGAGAACGACAAUGACUAAAGAACGAGAAAGAGAGAGAGAAAGAGAGAGAGCAUACAAAUGGGACAGACAGAGGACGAGCAAGAAGAGAACAGAGACGGAGGGGGCCCACACGAGGCGCGCGCCCACCAGAGAUGCGAACGGAAACCCACUGCUCAAGGAACAAAGUGUAGUGUGAGAGGAGGCGAGCAGAUGCGAGUCAAGGCACGACCGUUGAAACAACAAAUAGUGUGCCCCUGCGGGCUCCUCAACAGCGGCGAGGUCGCUGGCCCUUACGCCCUCAGGAGGGGCCGACUGACACCCGCGCUAAUCGGCUAGAUACUAGACCUUCCUG